AUGGUAGAUUAUUGCCAUCUGGCUUACUUGAUACAAUGGAAUGAGCGGGAAAAAACAACAGAAGAUGCACUGGAAACACUUGAAAGUAGAAAUAAUAUAUCUUGCAACAUCGACGUGGGUAUCCUAACUUCAGCGCCAUUAAUUGAUACAACUGUACUCUUCAGCGAUAAAGAAAAGUGGAGUAAGGAUGGGGCAAGUGCAAAAGAGAAUAGUAUUCAUGAUAGAAUAGUAACAGUCCCAACUGUCAAUAACGGCUGGCAACGGCCAGUACCACCAGGCUUAGCGGGUAUACAUAGGUUUGAAACAAAAGCCAAGAGACUAGCUUUCAUGCGCUUCAAUGUCCUUAUCUGGUGCUCACACGAAGUAACUGCAAGGGAAAAGGAUGAGGGAAAAGAAGCGCUAACGAUGUACAAUCGCAAUGACGACAACAACGACGAUGGCUGA